UAGACAAUUACUAUUUAUGUCCGCCAUUCAUUCUUUUGAGUUGCUUUUUCGUUUUACGAUUCCCGAGAGCACGAUUUGUCAAUUGUCAUCGAGAUCUACGCAACACCAUCGCGUAAUUAAUUAACCUACGUAAAAGCAGUUGAAACAAUAAACUCCACGCGUUUAGGCAUCACAGCCACCAGUGUAGUGUAUCAGCCAUCUGACGUGAUCAUACCGUGAGAUUGUAUCUACCAGUGAUGCUUUUGCCUGCCUUUUACGUUAUCGGUUGCGACGUGAGUUCGAGUGCCUGAUGGUGUGGAAACUAUGUGCGAUUAACUUAAUAGUAAAAGAGGACUCAGUAUGGGGGCGUUUUUGAAUAAGCCCGAGACUAAGAAAUACAACGAGACCGGGGAAGGAAAUGGUCUUCGCUAUGGCGUGGCGUCGAUGCAGGGUUGGCGCGUUGAGAUGGAGGAUGCGCAUCACGCGCAGCUGACUCUGAAUGGUACUCUAUCGGACUGGUCUUAUUUCGCGGUGUUUGACGGACAUGCAGGGGCACGGGUGUCUGCGCAUUGCGCGGACAAUCUCCUCGAAUGUAUCCUUCAGACGGACGAGUUCCGGCGCGAGGAUAUAGCCGAGGCGAUUCGCGCGGGCUUCCUGGACUUGGACAAGAAGAUGCGGGAGCUACCGGAGCUGUCCAAUGGCGAGGAGAAGUCUGGCUCAACGGCCGUGUGUGCGUUUGUGUCCCCCAAGCAGAUAUACAUAGCGAACUGCGGCGACUCCCGCGCAGUGCUCGCUCGCAACGGUGUGCCGAUCUUCGCGACACGAGACCACAAGCCGGAGUUACCGUCGGAGAAGUCGCGUAUUGUUCAGGCUGGUGGUUCAGUCAUGAUACAGCGUGUCAAUGGGAGCUUAGCUGUGUCUAGGGCACUAGGCGACUAUGAGUACAAGAAGGUGGUGAACCGUGGCCCGUGUGAGCAGCUUGUGUCUCCUGAGCCUGAGGUUUCUGUUCAUGAGCGGAAUGAGGUUGAGGAUGAGUUCUUGGUGCUGGCCUGCGAUGGUGUGUGGGAUGUGAUGAGCAACGAGGCGCUGUGUGCAUACAUACACUCGCUGCUUCAGCUGACGGAUGACCUUGUGGCUGUGACCAACCAGGUCAUUGACACCUGCCUGUAUAAGGGCAGCAAAGACAACAUGAGCAUCGUGCUGGUGGUGUUCCCCUCAGCGCCGAAGCCGAACGCCGAGGCUCAGCGUGCUGACCGCGAGCUGGACGAGACACUCCGACAGAGGCUCACAGGUUGCUAUCAUUCACUACUGCAUGCCUGCUCACACAAACACAGAGACCGACAGAGAACUGACAAUAUUGACAGACAGAAUGGGUGUAGGAAGGAAUCUAGCGAUGCUAGGGCGUAAGCACUUAGUUAGGUUAGCGACAGCGCGGACUUGAGUACUUCACAAAUCCUAUUUAAUAUACAUAGUAUCUCAGUACAUUGCCUUGUAUUUAAAAGUUGUUUGAGUAACUCGGUGAAGCUCCACAAGUUUAAUUGCGACAAAAUCAAAUUAGACAAGCCAAUAACAUAUCCUUUAUUACAUUCUCUUGACUCAUUUCCGCGCUGUUGCAUUUUAAACUACAUUACGUAGGUACGGUCGAAUGACGGUGCAUCGUGCACCUACUCUGUGCUAAAAAGGGCCUUAUUGACAAUUUGGUAUAAAUUCUAGACGAGAAGUUGACAAUUUUGAAAGAAAAUUAGAAAUAGGACUUUACUCAAUUGGUAUUUUUACAUUUUUAUCGAUAUUUAAUUGGAAAUUUAUUUUACGUAUUUAUUGCCAUAUUUGCUGAAAUAAGUCGAUUGUUUUGGCGGAAUUUUUCAUCAUUAGUACAAUUUAUUAGUACAAAUUGGUCAUUUCUUAUUAAGUCUACUUUAGGGUAUAACUUGAUGUUUUACAUUAAAUUGUUAAUUGAAGACAGCACAAAUAUUGUGUGCGAAAAAAAGACAAUGUUUAGACUGCAUAUUUGAAAAAAGACCAGAAAUUAAUACUUCCACAAAUAAUACAAAACUGCUUGCACUACGUAGCGAUAUUGCGUAAACAUCUUUACAUAAUGUACUGCAUUCUUGCCACUGGAAUUAAAUCUCGCCCUGAGCCGUAGAAUAGGAAUAACCUUCGAAUACUUAGCCGUGCCAUCUUCGAGCUACAUAAAUAAUACAUUGUUUUACUACACCAGUAAUCAAUAUGUACUAUCUUCUUAUAUCUAAGGCCAUGUGAACAGCGACCAUGGUGCCAUUACUUAUUUAAUUCCUAGCUUACAAAGGUCAAUGCUUUUUAUAGACAUCUUUUUCAUGUUACUUGCCAUUUAGAUCUUAUAUUGAUUAAUAAUAAUAUGGAAAAGACAUCUGUUUUUGAACCGUACUCAAGAAUAUGUGUUUUUCUUUAAAGUAGCAAAGCCAAUGAAAGAUUGGGAUAAAGUUUUCCUCAUAAUAUUCAGUGAUGUGUAAAAUAUAUUUAAGGAAGGAUGUUCGAUCAUUUAAAGAUCUAUUAACGAAUAUUUUAAUCAUUAAGUACUAACACUUGUGCACAUAAUAUUCAAGGGCACAUUAACCGAGAAACGGCACCGAAUUGAUUAUAUUUCUUCAUAUUAUAUUGUUAAAUAAUAUUCGCCGCCAUUCGUAUUAACGCAUGCUAAAAUAACCCAUUGUUUUCUCCGUAAGUGUAUUUGUUACAUUGCCAUUAUUACCACCGCUAGAGAUUUUCGAAUAUCUACUUAAUUAUAAGGUAGCUACAGUCUAUAAUGACUGCUGCGAAUUCUUUUGCCAACCAUAAUAUUACGGAUGAACGUGUCGCUAAGUAAGUUUACUGAUAGUUAAAAAUACAUCAGAUUUUUCCGCGAAAUAUGAAAAAUACCUAAGAUUGAAUCGUGUCAUUAUGAUACAUACCCUUAACAUCUCGCGAAUCAGACGUUUGACUUACAGCUUGUAAGAAUUUUUACAAGAUUAACUUCGCAGUAAAAUACGAAGUUAAUAAGAAUACAAGAAUAGGUAAUUAUCAGGUUAGUUAAGUCAUAUUACCAAUACGUAUCUAUACAAGUAAUGGUAUGAAGUUGGUAGAUUGUUAUCACAGCUAUGAUAUCACAAUCAUAGUGUUUACUAUCAGAAAGAUGACAUCACUUAUUUAGGUUACGCGCACACUACGACCGAUUAUGCGCAGUAAUCACUGAAUGAUGUUAUGAAAAUAAUUUAUCUUACAACUUCUGUAUUCUACUCUUAUAUCGGGAAAAUUUUCAUAACAUAACAUGACUGGUUUCUCUCUGAAUGUACAGUUAUGCAAUUAAAAAGUCUUUUAGUAUUAGACGUCAAUGUCAUUGUUAAAAGUGAAAUAAACCUGGAAUUUGCUCAUAGAAGUCUUACAACGAAAUCAACAAUGACAUUGUCAUCCGGGAUUAUUUUCCAAAUGACUCAAAAUGAUGAUCAAAUACGAAUGAUGAUGUAUGGAGGGGUAAUUGAGUAGUUAAGUCAUUAAAUCAUUGGUUUAUUUUGAGCCGUGUUUGUCGACUGAGUGUGUUGUUGUGGCCACACAUAGACGUUAUACCCGCACGUGUGUAGCUCCUAACACGUUUAGAUUUCCAUUUCAACCGCAAAUUGCAGCUACACAUCUUUUCUAUUCUGUUCCAUGUUGUGAACGCACCUUUAUAUAGUUUUUUUUUGUGAUGCAGAAGAUUCAUACAUAGUACAAAAAUAAUGUUCCCCAAAAAAGCACAAAGUCUAUUUUUCCUCAAUGAUAUAAUGAAUCCAUUUUUAUACGAUUCCUCUAAAUAACAGUUCAUUAAUUGCUGGUCACUACUAUUACAAUACUCUGAUUUAUUCUAUUUAUCGAAUAAAACUUGAUUAAGGACCUCGCAAUAUUUCGUACACGUUGUUUCUUCAACAGUUAUAGUAUUCAGAUUAUUGUUUCAAAUUGGCACGCACCACAUAAGUCGUUCAUAGUACAUGAUGAUUAUUGUAAAUUAUGAUUCCAUAGUUCCUACGUCGCCGUCGAUUAGAUUGCCAAAGCCAUAGCUUCCAUGUUAUUAUGUGAGCAUCACGAGCGGAAUAAUAAUGAGCCAUUAUUGUUAUCAAUACAAACAAUAAAAUCUAGGUAACUUGCGUCCACAAGUCUCCUGUUAAUAAAAUACUAAGACACAUAAAAUUUUAUGUAAAGUCUGUUUGAAAAUUGCGUGUUUUUCGAUGGUUUCAAUGUGAUUGAUUACUUUAUUUUCCCUUUAGUUCGAUACAAGGAAAAUGUUUCCGCACAUUACAGACAUUUUUGGCUAUUUUCAUGUCAUUAUCGCACUGAGAUAAUGCGAUGUAACUAUCAUUCGUUGACUCAUACUAAAGUCACUUCUUAAUAUAGAGGAAAGUAACGCUUGAGGAAAAAUUCUUUAAGGCAACGUCCACGUGGAUGGAGUCGUCAUCGCCUUGGUGUUGUUUCAAAAUAACUCGGUUUUAUUAGUAAGCAAAACUCUAGUUGCUAGUCUGAAAAUUUGAAAUAUACCAGUGUUGGUAAUCCUCCCACCUAUUGAAGGAAUAUUAAUAAACUUUGUAUUGGUAAACAGUUAUCCUGUCCAGACAGUACUGUCUAUGACACGUGCCAUCUAUGACGACACUGAAAUAAAUAAUGAGCAAUAUAAGUACGAGUGCAUGCACGCAUGCAUCUUCUGCAUAAUAAAUAAUAGAUCUACUUUUAAUUGUAGAAUGGAUUGUUCGAUUUUUGAAUGUUUUUUUUCUUGCUAGCCUAGGUUCGUGUGACAACGACAAAUCAUUAAACCUUUUUCGAUAACACCUCUUGCAUGAGCUUAGAGUUUGAUAUUAUACAUUCUAUAGAGUAUCUAAGGAUGUCCUCAUUUUUUCAGGAUAUUUACAAAUCCUCAAGCCUGACCUCAAUGUAAUUAUUACUAUCCUGCUAGUAAUAGUUCACUUCCUAUACCGAUUUUAUUAUAAUUAAGUAGUUGAAAUAUUCUUGCCAUUAUUAUUUUUUUUAUUUAGAACUAGCUAACGUAUUACAGGUAUUACUCUAUUGUACCUAUUUUAAAAAUAAGUUUCAUUAUUUAGAGGUACGAAAUGUAGUUUUCGUCACAUAAGACAUUAUUCCGUUGUAUUUUAUUAUUAUUUAGUAAAGUCAGUCACGUGUAGAAACCUAAGUUUAAGUAUACAAUACACGUAGUGAUUAAAAAGCGAUUUUCUAUCAGAGUAUAGAUUGAGAUCGAGUCAUUCGUAUAUUUAACUGUUGUACUUUGUCAUGUUUUAUUGAAAAAAAAAAUACUUGACAAGGAAAUCGUUUUUGUAGUAAGUGACGAUACAUGUCACCUAGUAAAAUAAAUUUAUUAUUAUUAUCAACAAUAGUAGCCAUAUUGAACGCCUAUCUUUACUGCGAUAAAUGUUACCAGUUUAUUUCUUUAUUUAUUACACAAAGUGUUUAUAGUUUUUUGUUGUUUUACUAGAGUAUUUAUUGUUUAUUUAUUUAUUAGAUGAUCUAUGUUAUUUUGUGUCAAUACUCACAGAUGCCUCGCAUCGGCUAUGAAGGCUUUUCAAAUGACUUUUUGAAAAUGUUUUGUCAAUUUUUAUUUGGCAACCCUGCAGCAAUAUUAAUUUUUCUAUCUCACUUUUAAAAGAGUUCUGUAACUUAAGUGUUUCUUCACCAUAGCACCUAAUAUAAUAAAAGUGCAAUAAGUAAAAUCCAAUGCUUAUAUUUCAAUCUAUUAAUCUGUUCUUCCUUGGACAAUGGCGUCUUCCUAUAUUGGACAAUUUUAAAGUAUUUUUUAACACAUAAUGAAAUGUGUUAGUUUUGAAAAGUCUUCGAAUUAAGCUUAGCUUAUAAGUAUUUUCCGUUGUACAAACUUUAACUACAAUGUACUUAAUCGAAUUUGUGA